AUGGAGUCGCAAUCCGAAAGACUUCCGCAGCUUUCCCCCGAGGAGCUGCGGAACCCGCACACAAAGCUUAAGGUCAAUGGUAUGGUGAUGGAGCUAUGGCAGGUUGCGCACUUAUACGGCAUCGAUGUCUCGACUCCUGACUGGGAGCAUCGUACUGGUGCUACAGCGAUGGACGUCCAGAGAGCAUUUCAUGGGCCAAUUUCUCACAAGUCUGUCGAGAACACUCGGGCGGCUAGUGAUUCCCACAAUGAGUCCAAUUCACACAUCCAGGAACAACCGUGUCCCGACUCGCCUACACUGGCAUUGAACACCAAAGAAAAUCAUUCUCCCAAGAACGUUAACAAGUGUGCAGGCGCCACAUCUCCUCCUCCUGCUCGGCCAGUCCUCGACUUAGUCGAUGAGCUGAUUGAUGAGUCUUGGGAUUGCGCCGAUAAUGAGACCCAAGCUACGGAAGGAAAUGAACAGUGUCAGCAACGUAUUGCGGUUAUUGGGAUCAAGCGCAGUGUUAAGGUCAAACAUAGACCUGAUCAUGGAUCUGCGUCUAUCUCAAGGUCAACGACAACCAGACUCGAUUGCAAUCCCAAGCCAAUGCCAGCUCGGGCAUUGCCAUCUAUUCCACGUCCUCCAAAGCCGAUGAGAUCUCCUCCAGCUCCUCCUACACAGGGAUACUUAGCCAAGGAAGAGAUCUUGGCAUCAUCUUCUAAGAAUUCUCUCACAAUUACGCCCCCUUCUGUGGUUGAGGGACAUAUACCUCAACAAUUGUCUUUCCGCAAUCGGCUGGAGAGAAAGCACAGCCAUGAAGCCACCAGAUCCAUUCACAACGAGCCCAUUUCCUCCAAGCAUACCCGCAAUGAGUCGGAAUCCUCGAUGGAGCAAGUCCCAUUCCCAGAACUGAUUCCACCACCACUCUUCACCCGAAAGGUCAGGCCUCAAGCCUCCAUGGGUGUUAUUCAACAACCCAGACGACAAGUCAGGCCGCAUGCAUCAAUGGGAGUGCUUAACAGCUCCAGAAGGCUGGUUUCAGAGCAGGUCCAGAUGCUGAGGGCUACUAGCCCACACGAGCAGUGCGAUCGCGUCGUGCCAUCGCAGAAGGUUGGUCAUGGUACCUGGCCACGACGCGCAACUCUCCCGGUUCGUGGCUCAACGCAAGACAACACCGAUCCAACUCCGACGAGUCCAUAUGACAACGGUUGCGCUACUCAAGCUUCCCGGUCGACAACCUCAAUUCCCCAAUCGGGGGGGAACAAAACCGCUACGGCUCCGACUGCUCCAUAUACCACUCCUUCCUCUUCUCAAGCCUCCAAGUCGACUACCUCGCUCACAACUUCAUCGUCUGAAACUAACAUCCAAAUCAGUGAUUUUGCCUCGAUUCAGAAUCCUCGGCUUCGACGGCGCUCACGCAGCGUUGGCGUGGGGGAGUGGCUGCAGCAAUUCGAGACCGACAUCCCGCCGGUGCCACCGAUACCAAAGAUCUUGCCAACAGGUCCUCGGCAGGCUCAAGCGUCGUUUCUCAGCCCGAAUGAAAUCGCAGUGUCCUCUCGAAAUAAUCAACAGAAAGCACAUCAGCAAGAGUACCGUUUCGUCUCCUCCCCUAUUUCACUUCCCUCUUUCAGCAAGAGGCACGAGCAAAGCGGUAGUUCGAUGACCACCGCGACAGCUGACGACGUUAACCCCCCACAAACUCCGAGGAAGACUUCGACCAAACAAGAGUCUCUAAGAGGAAUGCCAUUAAUUCUCAGCCCGGAGUCUCGAACUAGGUCCGUAACGCCGCCUCCGAUUCAAGAGGUCGACCCAGGGUUGCAGUCGCGGUAG